UGUGUGACUGACUGAACAGUCUGGCCCCACCAGGCUGGCUUGUGGUUCAGUCUUCAGAUUUCUUUGUGGGGGUGGCAUCUACAUUUGCAGCCCACCAUUAUCAUCAUGAUAUUCUGGAUACUCGCUGCUCUCAGCUUCAUUCAAGCUGCUGAAGUAACAGAAAACAAGAUUUUAGUGGAACAGCCGCCUCGAAUCAUGGCAGCUAAUGAAAAUGCUACCUUGGCUUGCAAAUAUGCCUAUAAUGGAACUGGGAACGAAUUCAGAGCAUCACUGAAUAAAGGAACAGACAGAGCAGUUGAAGUCUGCUCUGUUUCCUGGAAUGGUUCCGUCCACAACCGUCAUUCAAAUAAAGAUUUCGACUGCUUUGUUGCAGUUGAUAGCCACAAAAAGGAAGUGAAUUUCAGUCUUUGGAAGCUGAAUACUGACCAAACAGAUAUUUACUUCUGCAAAAUUGAGGUCAUGUUUCCACCUCCUUACAUCUCCAAUGACAAGAGCAAUGGGACUGUCAUUCAUGUGAAAGAGAAGUUCUCCCAAUUAUCAGUAUUUCAAUCUGCAACACCCUUUUGGGCUCUGGUGGUGACUCUUGGAUUUCUGGCUUUCUACAGUGUGCUAAUAACUGCGGUGUUUGUUAUCUGCUGGUGGAAAAACAAGAAGAACAGAAUCUUGACGAGUGACUACAUGAACAUGACGCCACGCCAUCCUCCUGGCCCAAAGAACAAACAUUACCAACCCUAUGCACCAACUCGGAUACACACGGAAUACCGCUCUUGGGAACCAUGACUAUCUGCUUACCAAGCUGCUAAUACUGCUGGUGUGCUUUUACUCUGUCACGUGCACUUGGAUGAGAAAGGACAGCCUGCCAUUAGUUUGUCAUAUCUGUUAUAUUUGAUGACAUCAUAGCAAGUACCGGUCAAACUUUAAACUGUGUAAAAGUAGGUUGUUUUCUAUGAUGGCUGAAAACUAGCUACAACUCAUGUUCAAGCUUGAUGGUGUGUAAGGGGGAAAGAUAACACUGGAUCCAGUACAGGGUAUAUUGUUCACUGUUGCAACUACCGAUCUU